CAUAUGGGGUGCGGUUCCGCAGUGCCACACCUUAAAAGUUGAACGUUCUCUUUUCUAACUCAGUUUCUACCACAUGAAAGUAUUUUCCUGUUUUCAGUUGGUGAAUGAGAUAUUACACGGGUAAUAAGGAGCAAUAAAGCAACGGGACGAGGCGAUCAUCGCGUUUUGUUUCCGUUUGCGGUUUCGAGGUCAAUUCAUAUCCAUUGGAGCGUGAUGCGGAAAAACUACGUCUCCCGUGAUGCCUUUCGCCCCGGCGCGCGCGCUACUUCCGGAAGCCGCCGGCCGCUGUGAACGUUCUUUGCGCUCCGUGCUGAAGGAGUGAAAAAAGAUCGAUUUCGCGGUCGGGGUUGAAACUCAUACCGCGAUUCUCACGGUUUGUGACGAGUCUUUCGUGUUGGGCUGUUUUCUUAAAUAAGUUUCUUACCUUUAAAGACGACAAUUUUUUUUUUUAAUAAUUACACGAGGUACAGUGAGGUAGUAAGGUAUAAGGAGGUGCAGGGAGGUGCGGCGAGGUGCAGUCCUGGCACUGGGACCAAAAUCCAGGGGACUGGGCUGCCAGGUUUUCUCUAAAGGAAGUAUGACAAGAUGAGAGGAAGUGGCACUUGGACCACUGAGCAUCAAUCGCUGGUUCGCUGACGGGGCCUGAUGGAGCUUCAGCGCAGCACAGUGGAGGGUCCGCACCUGGGGGGGUCAGAAGCUGCGCGUGAGCCACCUGCAGCUCCAGGAAAUGGACGUCCAGGUGCGGCCACCACGCCCACGCCGCUGAGCACGUCGCUCAAGGAACGGCUGAAAAGAACAAGGCGCUCCUUUAACGCCCCUAACCCUGCGGCCAAGAGGCUGAAAGCCACACGUGAGGAAGGGACUCGGGUGGAAGCGGCAGGCGAGAGGGGCGCAGGUGAGCUAGGUGAGGGCAGCGACAGUGCCACAUCCACGACCCUGCUGCAGCUGCGCGACUCGCUCGAGAGGGACGUGCGGGAGAAGAUGGAGAUGCUGCGCAGGAUGAAGAUGGUCAAGAUGUACAGAACUAAGAAUGACCUGACUGAGCUCCGGGAGCUCGUCGGCAAGUGGAGGCGCUGCAGCCAGGCGGCGCUGUACGAGCUGCGGGCCGCGCUGCCCGUCGAUGGCCGGAAGGUCACCCUGGGCCAGCUGGUUGACCGCCUGGGUCUGGACGACAGCCUGCUGCAUUUGGACCGCACCCAGGACGACUUCAGUGACGCUUGAGCGUCCGUCGUCUCGGCGCGUCCACCGGUGCACCCUGCUUUCAGUUCAGCGCGCGGUUCACAGACGCUUCAAACUGGAGUCGCGAAACUGUUUAAUUGCGCAUUAAAACAAAAGUGACGUUUUCCCUUUUACAGUGUUUAAUUGUACCCAGGAAUACAGUAAUCCUUUCUGUUAUGUGCUCUUCUACAGAACAUCUUGAGCUGCAAUGUUGGAUGUUCAGUUAUAACAGUGUUGAACAAGUGAAAAAGGCUUAAAUAUCUAACAGCCACUUCUGUGUGAAGUGGCUAAAAAGCGACAGGUGG